AUGAACGCCCAGCGCACCGGUCCACCAGGGACCCGUCCGCCCCCCCUGCAGCGCCCCGUGCCGAUGCACCCAUCAGGUAGCACGGCUGUGCCCGGCCGCCCCAUGCGUCCCGGUGCAGGCGUCCGUCCCGCCCGGCCCAUGGCGCCCCCCGCCGCCCGCAGGCCCGGGACGAUGGGCGUUCGGCCAGGCGUGCGCGCCGCGCGCCCCCCCGCACCACAGGCGUACCAGCGCAUCCAGUCGCCUUCGCCGCACCAGCUUGACGCAUCCGGGUCGUACACACCGCCACCCUACCGCGCGAGUCCCGCACAGCACACGCCGGUCCAGCCGACAUGGGACGUGCAGCAGGACGCGUAUGGCUCCGAGAUGCCACGCGCCUGGGACGGGUACCCGCAGGCGAAGGACAUCCCAGGCUUCGGCGCCAGUGAUAUGAUGAACGAUGCCACGGCACAGAUGGGCAUGCAGUUUGGACGGCACGUCGCCCAGGUCGGCGGUGAAUACAUGCAGCGCAAUUUCCGCGCCUUGCUGCCGAUGCCGAUCCUCAAAUACUACUUUAACGUGUCAAACUCGUACGUACUGCACAAGCUGCGCAUCAUUCUGUACCCGUGGCAGCACAAGCCAUGGUCGCGGCGCUUGCGCUACUCAACGCCCUACGGCGGCACUGGCAUCAUGUCGCCCGGGCAAGGCAGCUCAGCCAUCUACGCCGGCAUGAGCACGCCAGAUCGACCCUCCUCCGUGGCAAGUGAUCGCCGCAUGAGCGCCUCGGAACCCGUGUCCUACUGCCCGCCACGUGAGGAUGUCAACAGCCCCGACAUGUAUAUACCCCUCAUGGCGUUUGUCACGUACGUCAUCGCGGCGUCGUUCAUUUACGGCCUUCGCGGCCGUUUCCAUCCAGAGGUACUGGGAUACACUGCGUCUAGAGCACUCGCUAUCAUGCUCAUUGAAUUCAGUAUCGUCAAACUCGGAUGCUACCUCCUCAACAUCCAGGGCGACCACACUGUUUUCGACCUGCUCGCGUACUCAGGCUACAAGUUUGUCGGCACCCUCGUGGUCCUGGCCGUGAGCUGCCUUCAUGUCGGUCGCUGGCUCUACUGGCUCACCUUUCUCUACAUGUUUGCCGCGAAUGCCUUCUUUUAUCUGCGAUCCCUGCGCUAUGUGGUCCUGCCAGAUCCAGCGUCGCCGUCCAGCGUCACGGUGACGCCAGGUCAGCGGGCUGCUCGGAUCCAGUUUUUGUUUGGCAUUGCCAUGUCUCAGAUUUUGUUUGGUUGGUUGUUGACUGUAGGCAUCAAUUGA